AUGAUACCUGAGUACGAAGCUGUGAAAUACGACUUCUUGAUGAGACGAUGCGGUUUACCUUUAGAUCUGCUCGGCCAGAAGAGGGAUGUCAAGACGUCCGGCUUCGUCUACGUAGACAAAUGCCAACUCACCCUGCGUCGCGUAGAGUGCUCUCACUUGGCAUCUACCUUUUUUCUUUCCCAGCUGCUCCCAAAUGUGAAAGCACAUGCAACCCACCUGAGCAUGACUGAAGGCCCGGCAACAAGCCCCGUUCACUUCCAUCAUAUGCUUACUUCGAAGUCGACAUACCUUAUCUUGAAGCUCUGCCCGCUUGUCUGGAACAGGAGUCAUCAAGUUGUCGAGAAUUAUUCACUCAUUGAAUCAAGCUCAAGUACAAUGAGUUUCAUUUGA